UAUAAAUAGCGACCGACAUUGGUAAUUACACUGCAUUAGUUAGCAAACGUAAUUGGGAUAACGACAAGCACGGCAGCAACAGCUGGAGUUCAAGAAAUAUUUAAAAAAAUAAAAUCUCAGAAAGUAAAAUAUACAAAAUCUCUAAUAAAAAUGAAGUUUACAUUGAGCAUCCUGGCACUCUGUGGAUUAAUUGCGUUCGCCUGUGCUGCGCCCCUCGAUGACUCAGCUACCGCCCAGAUUCUACGCUACGAUAACGAGAACGUUGCGGACGGUUAUAAAUUCGGCUAUGAGACCAGUGAUGGUGUGUCGCGCCAGGAGGAGGCUGAAUUGAAGAACGCCGGCACCGAACAGGAGGCCAUUUCCGUACGCGGCUCGGUCAGUUGGGUGGCACCAGACGGUCAGACAUACACAUUGAACUAUAUUGCCGAUGAGAAUGGUUUCCAACCACAAGGCGAACAUUUGCCGCAUGUUUAAUGUGUAGAGGAGAUACUUUGAAAUUAAUCGUUUUUAUAUGCAUGUAGUUAUAGUGUAAAAAUAUAAAAAUAUGAAUUGUUUUAUAAGUAAGAAACAGUAUUAAAUUGGCUUAUAACAAUUCU